GCACAAUUUGGAUCAAAGCCUAUAAGGGGCAGUUUCAAAGAGUUAUAAACUAUUAUUUGUGGGACAUUUUGUUCUGAAACUUUGCAUACAUACACUCCAGGGACAACAGAUAAUUAUUUUACAGUACAUCUUGUAAAAAGGGACAUAAUAGGAAGACAUAAUAGACGUUUGUCACUGUUGAACUUUGGAUACAGACAAACCAAGUUUGGACGAGGUUAGUUAAAUCAAAUGUUACAAUAUCAGAUUCUCAUUAUGGUCUCAUUCAGACCCCAAUAUACCAUCAAACAUUUCUUUACAUAUGGGUCAAAGACAUUAGCAAUUAUUUGUGUAUUUUACUGUAUAGUAUUUUGAUCUGCAGAUGAAGCUGUGGGAGUAUUUUCCUCUGUUUACUCUGUUAGCAGUGCACUUUAACCCACCCUGAGCCGUGAGCAGGUGGGCAACAGUGUUUUGAAGGAGUGUGUUUUAGAUUGGAGAUCAGGCAUGGUGUAUCGCCCUCCAGAAGAGCUCUGUUAAUGCACCAGCAGACCACACAAUAUUUCCGAGAUGGAGUCAUACCAUUCCUACUCACCUCAAGAUGACCAAAGGUCACGCCAAUCUGACCUCUCCUCACACUCAUCAAAUGAUGUGGCACGAGAGAACACCAGGGAGGAUCCUCAAAGCAGACUGACAAAAUCCCCUGUCACUUCUUCUCCAUACAAAACUGUAGAGGAGCCACAUCCAGCUCAGGAGGAGAGAGUAGAACCACAGGAUGAAGAGCCACCACCACCGCCACCACCACCACCAGCAAUAAAGAUGACACCCAAGAUCCUCCUCAGACCGAGCCCAGAGGAUGAGGCCAUUUACGGGCCCAACACUGUGAUGGUGAGCUUUCAGAAAGGAGAGAGUGUUGGCCUGAGGUUGGCUGGAGGAAAUGAUGUGGGAAUCUUCAUCGCAGGAGUGCAGGAGGGCAGUCCAGCUGAAGAAGAGGGUCUGCGUGUAGGAGAUCAGAUCAUGAAGGUAAAUAAUGUUGACUUUCGGGGAAUUGUGCGAGAGGAGGCUGUGCUGUUCCUGCUGGAGAUCCCGCGGGGUGAAGUCGUCACCAUUUUGGCCCAGAGUAAAACGGAAGUUUAUGAAGACAUCCUGGUGUCCGGUCGAGGAGACUCGUUUUUCAUCCGGACUCAUUUUGAGUAUGAGAAGGAGCUUCCACAGUGUCACGCUUUCUCCCGGGGUGAGAUCUUCAAGGUGGUGGACACUUUAUAUGACGGCAAACUGGGGAACUGGCUGGCCAUCCGACUGGGCAAAGACAACCAGCUGUUGGAGAAGGGCAUCAUUCCCAAUAAGAGCAGAGCGGAGCAGAUGGCGAACGUCCAGAACACACACAAGGGCACCGGCAGUGACCGAGCAGAUUUCUGGAGGCUGCGGGGUCAGAGAGCGGCUAAGAAGAAGGACCUGCGGAAGAGCCGAGAGGAGAGUUCAGCAGCCGUCGCCACCAGAUUCCCAGCCUACGAGAGGGUGGUGCUAAGAGAAGCGGGUUUCCGGAGGCCAGUUGUGCUGUUUGGACCCAUCGCUGAUGCUGCUAGUGAAAAACUGGCCUCAGAGCUUCCAGACGAGUUUGUCAUCGCCAAAACAGAACCCAAAGAUGCAGGUUCAGAAAAAUCUUCCGGGGUGGUUCGUCUCAACACUAUUCGACAGAUCAUCGAACAGGACAAGCACGCUCUGCUGGACGUCACCCCUAAAGCUGUGGACACCCUGAACUACACGCAGUGGUACCCAAUAGUGAUCUUCUUCAACCCUGACAGCAAACACGGGGUGAAGGCCAUGAGGCAGAGAGUCAUCCCCAGCUCAAACCGCAGUGCCCGCAAACUCUACGACCAGGCUCUGAAGCUCAGGAAAACCUGCUCGCACCUGUUUACCGCUGUUAUCGAUCUGAACUCGGCUAAUGAUGCCUGGUAUGGCAGUCUGAAGGAGGCCAUCAGAGAGCAGCAGAGCCUCGCUGUGUGGGUCUCAGAAGGGAAGCUGGACGGGACGGAGGGCGAUCUGGACGUUCAUGAUGACCGCAUGUCAUAUCUGUCGGCCAUGAGCGCUGACUAUCUCAGCAUGGACAGCCGGAUGACCAGCGAUUACGACGACACGGCAGACGAGGGCGGCACGUACACUGAUAACGAGACCGACGAGCCGCUGGACCGGCAGCGAGUGUCCGCCAUCAGCCGCUCCUCUGAGCCCGUCAUGCCAGAGGAGAUCCUCAGGAAGUCAAGUCCAGAGAUUCGAGGUCGAACACGCAGGAAGAACAGCAGAGAGAAGACGAGCGACUGCAGUCCUCCUGUAAUGUCCACAUUCCUGCCCGACCCUGCCAAGGUAAAAAUGCUGUCUCAAGUGGAGGUGUCUCGCGGCCAUUACGACCCCUCUCGAAACUACGACUCUCGUUCAAGCAGUCCCGCGAGCAGCGAACAUCAGCGCAGCCUGGACUCUCCAGCAAAAGCCAAACCAGCACCUCCACCAACACCCCUGAAGCCUGCCCUCGCGUCCCGCAGCUCCAGAGGCCUCAUCAACAGUGAGCCUCCGGCCGACAGUCCUGAAGACCCCUCAAAGAGGUCUUUCCUGGGCAAAGUCAAGGCCUUCGAGCAGAUGGAUCACUUCGCCCGCUCACAGAGGGUUCUGGAGAUACAAGAAGCCCAGAACGCCAGGUUGGAAAUUGCUCAGAAACAUCCAGACAUAUACGCUGUUCCCAUGAAGUCUCAGAAACUGGACCACAGCAGGCCACAACCUAUCGGCUCCAGUGCCCGUCCAGAGCCGCAGACGCCUCCUAGUAAGCUGCCCUACACAGAGAGCCGCGCGCUGGGCCUGAGCGAGGAGCCCGUAGAGGAGUUCAGACAACAGCUGACGGAACAGAGUAAACGCGGCUACUACACCUCCAGCUCCUCACAGAAGUAUCAGGAUACUGAGCUGUAGAGCUUCUGCUUCAGCUCCCGCACAGCUUCACCAUUCCACCCUGCACCAAAACCACUGCUGCUGACUUGGAGGUCCAGUUUGCUUUUUAAGUUUCUCACACGUCUUUUUCACUUCAGAGAAGUUCAACUUCUGUCCGUAUGGAUGGAGUCUUAUUGUUUUUUUAUAUAUACAUACAUAUAUAUAUAUAUAUAUAUUUGCGUUAGUUUUGUUGUCAUACGUGUGAUUCUUGCCUAUGCAAUUUUUUCAGUUUCUGCAAAGCAACAGAAACGUCUCGCCACGAGUCUCUCUUCUCCCUCCGUCUGUCUUCGCUCCAUCGAAACCCGUCGUGUGCUAUAGACCAGCUUUUUGUUACUUUCUUUUUAUAAGCGAAACGGUUUUAAAACGUCACUCUCUUUAAGGUUUCUACUAUAUUUGCAUUCCCUCAUUUCUGUGUGUGUGUAUAUGAUGUAAGACAAUAACACUGGAUUUUGUUACAACGUUUUUGAAGUGCCUUUUACUUUACGAAUAAGGUCAGGAGGUUGGAGGACUUGACAAUCCAGCCCUCUGGACACUAAUUUUGCUGCUUACAGCUCCAAGGAAAAACAGGGAAAAGUCGUCACCAAAAACCCUUAACACCAUCCGGCCAAAUCCUCAGCAAAGCCACAGCGGCGCUAAAGGGGACGCUUCGCGAAUCAGGCGGAUGCUGGUUGCUUGGAGUGAUUGGAAUUGCUGUUGUCACGGUUUGUCUUAUUUCAGCCCCACCGCAUUAUGUUUAUAACACGCUCGAUUGUACGUCGGUCCGCUUUACCUCCAUGUAUCGGUUCAAAAGUGCUUCUGAAACUCGUGGAUUAUAUUUUGAUGGCUUCCACUGUGUGUGAGGGUCACACGACGAGAGAAUAUUCCCUGGACGUUUGCGUUCAGGUCUACUGUGGAAUUUCACUCUACUACACCAAAUAAAUAAACAAACUAUAUUGACA